AUGGCUGCACACGUCGAGACAAACCGACCCAGAGAGCUGAAUGAGCGUCUCACGGGAGAGCUGCUGCCUGCCAGAGGCGCCUCCAUCCAGCCCGCGGACGGCAAGAAGCCAGUGCCGCGCCUCUGGGAUCUCGGAGACGCAUUCGCCGUGUCUGCCCUCAAGUCUCCAUGGUACCAGUCGCUAUUCGACAUUCAGAGCACCUUCUUCCACGCCUCCAUCGACUUCUUCCGCAAGCCCGACCUUGACUACAGCUACCUGCUAGUGCCGCUGACCACGGGCAGCAUCAGCUCGCCCAUGGGCCUGGGAUCCGACUCGAUGCCCGUGUCCAUCAAGCUGCACGGCGAGGACACGUACCUCGCCGACUCGCAGCAGUUCCUCCUCGAGUACGCCCUCCGGUACAACGACAAGGCCCAGGGCGCCUACUACGUCGGCACCAGCUGCCGCGGCGAGGACCACGACAGCACCCACCUCAACCAGUUCUGCCACGUCGAGUGCGAGCUGCGCGGCGGCCUCGGCGCCGGCAUGGACGUGGCCAACCGCUACAUCGUCGCCGUGACCGAGGAGCUGCUCCGCCGGCACGGCGACGCCAUCAAGGCCCAGGCAGGCUCGACGCAGCACAUGACGGACCUGCUGCAGCUGUUUGCCCGCAACGGAAACAAGUUCCCCACCAUCACGCUGGACGAGGCCCUGCGCCUGCCCGAGAUGCAGAAGGGCGAGGGCACCAUGUGGGAGUACACCGUCGCCGGCCGCCCCGAGUGCGGCCGCUCGCUCAAGCGCAAGGGGGAGCAGGCCCUCGUCGCCCGCUUCGGCGGCGCCUGCUGGGUCGUCGAAAUGGACCACCUCGGCGUGCCCUUUUACCAGGCCUACACCGACGCCACGGCCAAAAAGGCCCUCUGCGGCGACCUGCUGCUGGGCCUGGGCGAGGUCGUCGGCUGCGGGAACCGGCACACCACGGCUGACGAGGCCCUGGCCGCCCUGAAGCAGCACGACGUCGACCCCGCCUGCUACGCCUGGUACAUUGAGAUGCGCAAGUUCAAGGCCCUCAACACCACCGGCUGGGGUAUCGGGUCCGAGAGGUUCUUGAGCUGGGUCUUGCAGCACGACGACGUGCGAGAUGUCCAGCUUCUGCCUAGGCUCAAGGGGCUCAACUGCGCUCCGUGA